GAGUUAAAAUCGUGACGUCAAACUCCGCAGCGUCCAUGAACCAGGAAGGGUUUGUGUAAAUAUCUGUCGGCUCUCUACAUCACGCUAUGUUGACAUUUGCGGUAACAUUUAUCCGACAUGGAGAGACAGAGUUCAAUAAGCAGAAGAUGUUGCAAGGCCAGGGCAUCGAUUCAGCCCUGUCAGACAUCGGCCUCCAGCAGGGGCGGGAGGCAGGGGAGUACCUGAGGGAGGUCCACUUCCAUAAAGCCUACUCCAGCAACAUGCAGCGGGCAAAGCAGACAGCACAAGUCAUACUAAGCAGCAAUGUCCACUCCUCCGGCAUCGAACUUCUCUUGGAUGACUCGCUUAAGGAACGGAGUUUCGGAGUGGUGGAGGGCAAGCAUAAGGAUAUGUUGAAGAACCUGGCCAACGCGGCAGGGAUAGCCGCUCGAGACUUCACACCUCCAGGAGGAGAGACGGCAGAUGAGGUCCGCGUAAGGUUCCGCAAGUUCCUCGCCCGCUUGUUCCAGGACAUGGUGGCCCAGUACGGCUACCCAGAAGCCCCAGCGUCUGCAUCUGCAGACCCCACCGCCGCCACGGUCCAACACGACGGGCCACCCAUCAACCUCCCCGAUGACGGCCUCUCCGGUGUGCCGCUCCACGUCCUGGUGGUCAGCCAUGGGGCCUACAUCCGCGUGGCAGUGCAACACCUGGUGGAUGAUCUGCACAGUACAGUCCCCGCGGGUCUCAAGCCCGCUCAGCUCUACGCCGCCUGCCCCAACACGGGCAUAAACCGCUUUGUAAUCUCCUUGCAGGGCGGGGAGACGGGUCCCACUGUGGCCGGUGUCAGAUGCAUCUUUGUCAACCGCAAGGAUCAUCUGAGUGCCAGUAAAGAGACUUGAGACGUACGUACGCAGCACAGUAGGGGCCACUGAUUUUGUUACCGUGUCUUCUCAACUGCAUCAUACGCUUGCUCCUUGGAAAGGUACACCUCAAAAAACCUUGAAAAGCCUGAUGGGUGUCUGGUGGUGGAAGUUGCAUGGACAUGGCUCCUACUGUAAAUUUCCCAGUGUUAAUUCAAUGUCUGGAGAGUAGGAUCAACUCUGUGAAGGUUAAAGUCAACUCUUAGGGUGUUGAAUUAACACUGUAACUGUGUACAGGGAGUGACCGGUCUCAUUGAGCACAUUUACACGCUGGUCAUCUUGCUAUUAUGCCACACUCCGGUUAGGAACAAGGUUGGAAAUUGAAAUAAGAACGAGUUUUAGAUUUUAGUUAUUCUGUGUGCGUUUGGACGGGAAAAAAGACGGUUGGCAAUAUUCAUGUGGCAUAUUCUCAUUCAUGGGCAUAUUCUUAUCCUGAGUACAAUGGCAGAGCAAUAUGGGCGCUGUGUAGAUUUGGUGAAUGAGAGGGAGGAUGGGGGGUACUGUGGUAGUGGACAAGCUGGGUGAUGAUGGUUGGAUGAAUGGAUGGAUGAAGAGUGAUCAAGUAUGAAAAAAGAAAGUGAAGAUUAUUUUAUUUUCUCACGUCACUUUUUUCCUAGUGGUUCUGGAAUUGAGAACAGUAUGGGCAGUUUGAGCACUUCUGAAACAAAACGGACUGCAAAAAAAAUUGUGUUUACAGGCAUAGCUUUAUCAUUAUUAUUAUUAUUAUUAUUAUUAUUAUUAUUAUUAUUAUUGUCAUUGCCUUCAUCUGUACCCUAAAGAGUUUUUACACUUGAAACUUGAAACACUUUACUGAGCACAAUGACAAUUUCAGACAGACAGACAGACAGACAGACAGACAGACAGACAGACAGACAGACAGACAGACAGACAGACAGACAGACAGACAGACAGAGAGAGAGACAGACAGACAGACAGACAGACAGACAGACAGACAGAGAGACAGACAGAGAGAGAGAGAGAGAGAGUACAAUGUAGUACAUUGGAGUAAGCGAAAAUACUGACAAUGCCCUUUAGCCUACUUCAUGAACCAAACCACGCUGGUGUCCUCAGUGUGUCUGUGUGUCUAUGUCUGUCAGUGAUAAACCAACAUGCAAUCUUCUUCACAGACGUCCAAACGGGUAAGACGUGUCGUACAAUUUCUCUUUGAAAACUGACUUUACGGUCAUAAUCUUCUGUGGUGUUUUCUUGAUGUUUUUUCUUAUUUUCAAAAAUCACCACCUCUCAUCUAUGUUAACUGACAAAGAACCUAUUGUGUAACGUGUGUGCAUGUUUUCAAAAUGUGUCACAUUCUGCAGGUCACCUUGUGUGAAAGAAUGUACAAUCUUAUAUAACCUUUAAA